UUUAUCCAUAUAUAUUGUGGUUUAUCUGUAAACAUGUUUGUUCAACAGAUUUAUCAGAUUCCAUGGAGAUUAUCAUAUUUCUGCUUAUUUUCUUUUGACUUUCUUCAUAUUCUUUUGAUGUUAAUCAAUCAAAUGAAUCGCAAUCAAUUAAUGUAGAUUAAUACAUCCUAAAUACAAUAAAAUAUACAUUGUCGUGCCUUUUUUUAUAUUGAAUGUGAACCAACAAAGUCAAUCCAUUCACAAGGCUACAAUUGAUACAUUUUCAAAGCCUCUGUAAAGCUCAGCUUUUUGUUUUGUUUUAUCCCCGUCUUAACACUAUCGAGCGCUAUUGACUCGGUUUUUGUUGUUAUUAUCAUUACUAACUUUGUAUUUAUUGGUAUAUAUAUUUGCUAAGGACUUUAGCAAAUUUUUAUUGUUCACUCUGUGAAUCACGCUGCCACUUUCCUGCCUUUUUGUGUGUUUACAGCGUUUUUCUCGACAUUUCAACUUCUUGACCUUGUUUUACACCAAAUUUUCCAUGAGUUUUUCAUUCAAAUCAUCAAUCAAUCAUAGGGUUCAUUUUUUAAUUUUAGUGUAUUUUAUUUAAUUUAUAACGACACCUAACAAGUUCAAGUUUGUCCAUCAGUGAUACGUUUGGUUUUCAAUUCAGGAACAUGAAUAGUGAAACUGAAAAUUUAUUGAACUCGCCUUCCAAUACCAACAAUAAUCAUAACUUUACUUAUUAUGAUUACAAUUAUUCCAGAUGGUUACCAUCGGCUGAACAUCUUAAUUUUUCUAUUGGCCUGCAAGGUUCACCGACAACUCAAAGUGGAAUAGGUUCAUUUAAUCAACUCACUCUUGAUCCAACAGGAUCUUGUUUAAUUGACAAUGGUCCAUUGGAUUUAAUUGGUGUUACUCACCAUUCACAUCAUCCUCAUCAUCCUAAUCAUCACCAUUAUCAUCCUCAUCUCACUCAUUUCAAUCCCAUCACCAAUUCCAAUGUCAAUUUAGUUCGUUCUCAUUUGAAUGGAGAUGAUUCAAAGAAUGGCAUUUUACCCUCACCAGCUACAACACCAACAACUCCGACAACCCCAACUAUUAACCAACAAGAAGAUAAUAAUCAAUCCAUUUUAACCAUUUCAUCUGAUAUUACUUUGACUCCAUUGACAGGUACUUCAUCUGACAUUACAGUUUUGUCUCCACUGACAGGGGCUUCCUACACUGAUGGAAAUGGCAACCAUGAAGCAUCUAACCAUGUUAAAGUGGAACAAGAGUCUUCCAAUGGAGCAACAGUCAAAUCAGAGGAAAGUUCAUCUCCAUCAUCAACCACAUCUAACUCAUCAGCCAACUUCAAUGGUUCAAAUGGAGGCUCAGGAGGAGGUGGUGAAAUUGGAGAUUCAAGUUCAAGGGAAACGAAAAAACGUAAACGUCGAGUUUUGUUUUCCAAGAAUCAAACCUAUGAGCUGGAGAAACGCUUUUGCCAACAGCGAUACUUGUCAGCUCAAGAGAGAGAAAUUCUCGCCUCAACCAUUCGAUUGACACCGACUCAGGUCAAAAUUUGGUUCCAAAACCAUAGGUACAAGACGAAGAGGGCUCGUCAAGAGAAGGGUCUUGAUGUUGUUAAUUCACUGCCUUCACCUCGUCGAGUAGCGAUACCAGUGCUUGUGCGUGAUGGUAAACAACUUCAGGGUUCGUCAGGCAAUAUUACAACCAAUAUGAAAAGUGAUCUUUCAAGGUGCAAUUCUUUCCAGCAUUUAUUAUCUAAUCCAGGAUCUAUGAAUGGUAUGACAAGCAACAACCAUGGUCAUCUUAACUCGGGAAAUAAUCAAUUUCACUCUUUACCUCAAAUGGAUGUGAUACAACCAGCUUACAAUAAUGCAUAUAAUAAUCACAUUAACCCUUGGUUUCAAAACUGAAUUCUGUGAUUAUAUAGAACCAUCAUGCUACUCAAAUCCAAAUCCCAUUCCUAAUGUGCCUUAAAUUGUCACUAAUGUAGUUUAAAUGUACAUGAGCAAAUUUAGAUAAACACCAAAACUUCUAAUACUUUCAGUGAUAAAAUUAAAACAUGACAACUCAAAAGCCCAUUUUA